AAACUGUCAAACUCACUCCAGAAAAGUUAUAUGCAGCUGUGCCUUCAUACAUGUGUGGAAGGAAUAUUUAAUUUAAGUGAUCCACAAGCCAGCAGCUAAACUAUAUAAAGUAAUUAAUUCACUUUUACUAGCUUCAGCAUUAAAAUGAUGAACUCAGGAAGCCAUCAAUAAUUCUAAUCAAAUAUAUUUUGAUUCUAAUACUUCUGUGUUUUUACCUCAAACGUUGGGAAAACGAAGGUACAAGAUCUGAGUACCUCUUUCACCACUGUUGAGCUCUCUGCACACAGAAACAGGCUUACUGACCUGUCAAAUGAAGAAGCCAGCACCACCACUGCUGUUGGCUGCUCUGUUGUUCGUGAGAUAAUCUAAUCUUCAGGCUUUGCCAGGAAACGGUCAUUUUAGUAUUUCUGGCUGUGAACUUCCUAUGUGUCAAAAUAGACAUGGGGAAAUCAUUUUCAAAGUAGAGAAGCAAAACUUUCUGUCCUGCUGUGAGUGUGCAGGGGAAGGAUUUUCAGCUGUGUGUUAUCCACAGAUGCGCCUCAAGAUACUCAAGAUGACAUUUCGGGCAUUUCUCACAUUUGUCCUUCUGCUAACACAUCACAGCUUCGCACUGUCCACACCACAGUGUCACAGCUGUGAACGAACAUCCUGCGACUGCUCAAGACAAAACCUGAGUCAAGUCCCUGCGGCCCCUUCGGAUCUUGUCACUGAACUCGAUCUCUCGUUCAACACACUGAGGACAAUAUUGAAAAAUUGCUUUGUUGCUUAUGCCAGUUUACAGUCUCUGAUCAUGAAUAACAACUUAAUCAAAACGAUCGAGGCUCAAGCGUUUGCCCCGCUGACGAAUUUGGUGAAACUGGACUUGUCCUUCAACAGACUGGACACGUUGUCUGCUGAAUGGUUCGAGAACCUUUUUUCUCUUGAGCACUUGAAUCUUUUGGGGAAUCAAUACGUAACACUGGGUCAAGGAAAUGUUUUCCAGUCACUGAAGAGAUUAAAGACCCUCUAUUUUGGAGGGCCUAACCUUCUGUCUGUUACAAAAAGUGACUUUUCUGGCCUCAGUGCUCUGGAAAAUGUCAUUUUUGAUGGACAAAAUCUGCAAUUCUAUGCAGAAGGAAGUUUGAGACAAACUGGGCCAAUUAAAUAUGUAACACUCGGUCUCAAUGGUCCGUUUAGGAGAACAUCACUCGUAGAAGCUAUACUAUCUGAUGUUGCACAUCCAAACACAACCCUGACAUUCACUGACACGUCUUUCUACAAAGUGAAUGAAAUGCGCCCAUUUAAAGUGGUCGCUGACAGAGGAACAGCAAGGCUUAUUUUUAAAAACUGUAAAAUGACUGUUGGAGCUUGUGUGGCAGUUUUUGAUAUCCUGUCAGAUUCCGAUAUAACUAUGCUGGCAAUUGAAGAUACAGCAGUUAUCCUGAGUUUCUUUUAUAGCGACUUAUCGUACAGAUUCAAUCGUUUGAAGGAGGUUGUCUUGAGAAACGUUGAUAUCCCUCAGUUCUACAAUUUCCCGGCCUUGUCUUCCCGCAACCCUCUGUUGAACAUGGCGCCAAGGCUGUCUGUGAUAAAGUGCAAAUUUUUUGCCAUUCCUUGUGAAACUUCUAAAGACCUUGCAAUCCUGGAGUAUUUGGAUAUCAGUGACAACAUUUUUAGUGAUCUGGCUUUUAGUGAAAUGAUGUGCUAUGGCAAAGGUGUCCUUUUGAAUCUACAAACUCUCAAUAUAAGCGGGAAUUACCUUCGGUCCAUCAACAGUGAGCUUUUCACCAAGCUGGAAAAGCUAGAAAACAUUGACAUGAGUCGAAAUGUGUUUCACAGUAUGCCUGAGGCUUGUUACUGGCCGCCAAGGCUCCACUCCUUAAACCUUUCCUCAGUACACUUAAGAUAUGUGACCACUUGUUUGCCGGCAAGUUUGCGCAUCCUCGAUUUAUCGAACAACGACUUGAGCGUGUUCAACAUUGAACUGCCUUUUCUCACAGAGCUAUACAUCUCUGGCAACAAGCUCAGUAAUUUCCCAGAAGGGGUUUUAUACCCUCGUCUCUCAUUUCUCGAGAUUCAAAACAACAGUUUACAGACGCUGAGUGGUAAUUACCUAAAUGAUUAUCAUAAUCUGACCAUUCUAGGGGCUGGUGCCAACACAUAUGUGUGUUCAUGUGACUUUGUAGCGUUCAUGACAAGUGACUUGCCGCACCAUCGAGUCACGGUUGGAGAUGAGCUGAAGUCUUAUGUUUGUGACUCCCCUGAUGAUGUGAGAGGAAAGAGUGUGGCAGAUGCGAGGUUGUCGGUGUUUGAGUGCCACACAGCUCUAGCUCUUUCUUUACUCUUCUUGGGCAUCCUUGCAGUGUUUCUGCUCGUUGCAGGUUUGUGUCACAAAUACAGCGUCGUGUGGUACAUGAGGAUGACUUGGGCCUGGCUGAGGGCGAAGAAGAAGCCAAAGUUGAAAAAGGAAGAACUUGAGUUUGAUGCGUUUGUGUCCUACAGUGAAAUGGACUCUGGUUGGGUGGAAGCACAUCUGGUCCCAGAAGUCGAGCAGGUGGAUCCUCCUCUCAAGCUCUGCCUCCACAAGAGGGACUUUAUUCCUGGAGGCUGGAUUUUGGACAACAUCAUGGAUGCCAUAGAGAAGAGUCACAGAACUCUUUUUGUCCUUUCCCAGCAUUUUAUCCAGAGUGAGUGGUGUAAGUAUGAGCUGGAUUACACCCAUUUUAGACUGUUUAACCAAAAUGAGGACGCAGUCGUGCUAGUUCUGCUGGAGCCCAUUGACAAAGACACCAUCCCUAAAAAGUUCUGUCAGCUGCGGAGAGUCAUGAACUCCAGGACGUACCUGGAGUGGCCUGAUGAUGACAAACAGAUCCCCAGGUUCUGGCAAAACUUGAGAGCAGCUAUUGAAAGACCCAAGGCGAUGAUGAUGGAAACUCACAUAAACUAAACUCUGGACUUCUACUCUGGUACCUUUUUAUGCCUGUAACGUUUGAAAGCUUUUCUGUGUCACAUUCACUUCAGGUCGGUUCAGUGAGGACUUUUGCUG